AUGUUGGUGCAGCUGGAGAACGAGCACUGCAUGCUGCUGGCGCUGCCGUGCGGCCGCGACCACAUGGACGUGCUGCAGCAGUCCACCAACCUCACGGCCGGCUUCAUCACCUACCUGCAGCGCAAGCAGGCCGCCGGCAUCGUCAACGUGGCGCCCUCGCCCGGACACCAGCAGUCGCUUUACACGGUUCACAUCUUCCCAUCGUGCGACUUCGCGAACGAGAACCUGAACCGGAUCGCCCCUGAUCUCAUGCACCGCGUCGCUAACAUCGCGCACUUGCUUAUUGUCAUCGCCACUGCCAUCGGCUGAGACGGCACUCCUGGACGCACUCCCGGAUGCACCGGACAUGACCGG